AUGGAUGGUGGCACAGGCGUGGCCAAGCCGAUGUUGGCAGAGUCACCAUUUACCCACUUUCAGCGUGUGAGAAACAGCACCGAAGUAACCGAGUUCAUCCUGACAGGGCUAUCCCAUGAACGUGGAGUCCAGCUUGUCCUCUUUGUCCUCUUCCUCACCUUCUACAUGAUUGUCCUGCCCAGCAAUGUGCUGAUCAUUAUCACCAUCCGGAGUGACCCACACCUUGGCUCCCCCAUGUAUUUUCUGUUGGCCAACUUGGCUUUCUUGGACAUCUGGUAUUCUUCCAUCACUGCCCCUAAAAUGCUGGUUGACUUCUUUGCCGAGCGCAAGAUCAUUUCCUUUGGGGGCUGCAUUGCUCAGCUCUUUUUCCUCCAUUUCGUGGGUGCCUCUGAAAUGUUCCUGCUCACUGUCAUGGCCUAUGACCGCUAUGUUGCCAUCUGCCGGCCCUUGCACUACACCACCAUGAUGAGUCGGCGCCUGUGCAUCGUACUGGUGCUUAUUUGUUGGACUGGGGGCUUCAUCCACUCCCUCGUCCAGGUUGUCCUCAUCAUCCACCUCCCAUUCUGUGGGCCCAAUGAACUGGACAACUACUUCUGUGACAUCACCCAGGUGCUGAGGAUCACUUGUGCCAACACUUUUGCCGAGGAGCUGGUGAUGAUCUUCAGUAGUGGCCUCAUCUCUGUGGUCUGCUUCAUGGCCCUCUUGGUUUCCUAUGCCUUCCUGCUCACCAUGCUGAAGAAGAAUGUCGGUGAGUCGACAAGCAAGGCACUCUCCACUUGCUAUUCCCACAUCACCAUUGUCGUUUUCAUGUUUAGCCCCGCCAUCUAUAUCUAUGCCCGACCCUUUGAUGAAUAUGCCCCUGACAAGGUGGUCUCCGUCUUCCACACCAUCAUUUUCCCGCUCCUGAACCCCAUCAUUUACACCUUCAGGAACAAAGAGAUCAAGACUGCCAUGAAGAAAGUGGCCAACAGAUACUUCCUCUGCAAGAAAAACUGA